AGACGUUAGCCAAGCGUUUUAUUGGCAACACCUGUUGUGAUUAACCACGUGAUUUGUGGGAAGCAUAAAAGUAGGAUUGUCUCUGGCAUGCAACAGAAUUCAGGGGCAAAUAUUUUAAAGUUGAACUUUUAGCCAAAAUCUGAAUUCAAAUCAGGAUUUAUUUUGAGAAAAGUAGGCUAUGCCUCCUAAAAGAGCUGCAGCCACUUCUGAGGACGGUGUGUCUGACGAGCUCAAGAAGUAUGCAGCUCAUCCCCCAACAAUGGUGAUGAUAAAACAAGCCAUUGCCGAGCUUAAUUCAAAAAAGGGGUCUUCUACACAGGCAAUACGUAACUAUGUAACGGAAAAGUAUCCGUCAAUUGAUUCGGUAAAGUUAAAGUAUCUGGUUCGCAAGGCAGUAGUGAAAGGAGUUGAGAGGGGCGAGUUAGUGAGACCAGCGAGGUCUACUUUCAGUGGGGCGCAAGGAACUUUUCUUGUAAGUAGGCCUCAGUUAGUUGUGGAACGCUACAAAAAUUGAUACAACCAUUAAACGAUGGUGCCAGGUUACUGUAGCGUUAACUUAAUCGCUUGACCAAUACAACUUUUAUUUAGCUUGUAGUUAAGAGUAAAGCAAAAGGGCUUAAAACCGCAUCUGAGAACAGCGAUCCCAAUGUGGAAAUGGCUGCCGAACCUGGAGCUAAGAAAACAAAGACUAAAAAGAUUAAAGAUGCUGAGAAAGAACCAGUGCAAAAGCGAAAGGAUCCAAAACCGAAGGCGGCUUCCAAAGUGGCCCCUCAGGCUUCUGGGGACAAGUCUGAUGGGGAGGAGGAGCCUAAGCGCAAGAGCUCCAAAGCUGCAAAGGGCACUAAGAAAGAACCUGUAAAAAAGGAACAGCUCCCCACUGAGGAUUCGAAAUCGAAGAAGGCCCCCGAGGCCGGUGCCACUGCCUCCAAAGUCGCUCCUGCCAAGAAGCCCAAGGCUAAGAGGUCUCCAGAGGCUGAGGUGGAGACAGAGCCGCAGAAAAAACCCAGGGCUCAGAGGGCAUCCAAAGCUGCCAAGGACAAGGUGGCAGAACCAAAGAAGGUUGCCAAGGUGACAGAACCGAAGGCUGCAAAGGUGGCCAAGAAACCUGAGGUUGAGGAAGAAGCUGCCUCCACACAAGCUGCCCCUGGGAGACGAGGGAAAGGGGUGAAAAAUUGACCCCCCCCCCCCCCCCCC